AUGUCCAUUGAAUCGGUGAAAGCCAGAGCCAUUGUCCAACUCCUGGCUGCAGGGAAUAAACCCUCUUUAUUUCCCUUGGACAGCAUCUUUCCCUUCUUCUGGAAGAUGUGCCAGAUCACUGCUCCUGGCGUAUUGUUGUUUCUCUGCACACCACUCCUGUCCCCCUGCCCUGCCACUUUCCCAAGCCUUCCUCUCCUUCCACGUAAGGACCAUCCUCAAGUUCCUGAGUCCACAUCGCUCUUGCUCCUCUUAUCCUUCCCAAUAUGUUUCAGCAACACAAAUAACUCACUCUGCGCUGGCCCCAGUAGUGGAGUCCAUGUUUCUAUUUCCUUCUAA